UUAUUAGUGUGUAUUGACUUAAAUGAAGUGUUAAAAAAAACUUUAAAAAUGCCGUUGUUUGGUAAGGACAAGAAAUCGAAGAGCAAGAAUGGUGGUAAGGACACCAACGAAAAAAACCUUCUCGAGGAAAAGUACCACCUUAAAGAGAUGCUGGGAACGGGUGCUUUUUCUGAGGUUAGGUUAGCUGAGAGCAAGGAGAAGCCGGGGCAGUUGUUUGCGGUGAAAAUUAUCGAUAAAAAAGCGCUGAAAGGUAAGGAGGACUCGCUGGAGAACGAGAUUAUGAUUUUGAGGAAGCUGAAGCACUCGAACAUUGUCCAACUGUUGGAGACUUUUGAGGAUAAAAAUAAAGUUUAUUUGAUAAUGGAAUUGGUGACAGGAGGGGAGUUGUUCGAUCGAAUUGUCGAAAAAGGUUCCUACACCGAAAAGGACGCGGCCCACUUGAUCCGGCAAGUCCUGGAAGCCGUCGACUACAUGCACCAGCAAGGCGUCGUCCACCGCGACCUCAAGCCCGAGAACCUCCUCUACUACAGCCCGGACAAGGACAGCAAGAUCAUGAUCAGCGACUUCGGCCUGUCCAAGAUGGAGGACGGCGGCAUCAUGGCCACUGCGUGCGGUACUCCCGGCUACGUGGCCCCGGAAGUACUGGCGCAAAAGCCCUACGGGAAAGCCAUAGAUGUGUGGAGCAUAGGGGUGAUUUCCUAUAUCCUGCUCUGUGGCUACCCGCCGUUCUAUGACGAGAACGAUGUUAACUUGUUCGCUCAGAUUUUGAAGGGGGAAUUUGAGUUCGAUUCGCCUUAUUGGGACGAAAUUAGCGAUUCGGCUAAGGAUUUUAUCAUGAAUUUGAUUUGCGUGAAUGUGGAGAAGAGAUACAGUUGUAAACAGGCGUUAGCACAUCCCUGGAUAUCAGGCAACGAAGCUUCUAGCAAGAAUAUCCACGGAACCGUUUCCGAACAGCUUAAGAAGAAUUUUGCAAAAUCCAAAUGGCGCCAAGCGUACCACGCUACCGCCGUUAUCAGGCAGAUGCAACGAAUGGCCCUGAGCAGCGGAGGCAGUCAAGGGGGCCAAAAAAGCCCCUCGCCUCAACCGCCGGCCUCGGGGGGCAGUUCGGGGGCGACCAGCGGCGAACAGUCGAGGGGUAGCAGCGCAUCUUCUUCGGGAAGACAAUGAACAUAACCUGUAUCAUACUUGAAACGAAAAAAUAACGCUACAAGGUAAAGAACGGGCUUGGAGAUACCACGUUGUAAUCAAAAAACAUUUUUUAUUACAGUGUGCUAGGUUAUAGUGUACUGUGACAUCUGUUUGACGUUUAAAGCACGUAAAGUACGUCAAAUGUCAUUGUUUGAAGACUGUUUACUCUUUUUGAAGCGUAAAUGAUAUUCUAAGGGUUUUAUUCUAUAUAAAUUAGUUUUUGAUUUUUCUGGUAUCUCUCAAGAGAAAGAUUAUUUCGGAAGAUGGUUCAAAAGCUUGCAAAGAAAAUUAGAUAUUACUAAUUAUAAAUAAAUUAAAUAGCUUUGCGUAUGUUUGUUCUAUAAUGACACAAUAGCGUGCAUCAUAUGGUAUUUUUCUUAAUAAAGUUCGAUUUAUAUAGAUUUUGGUUAUGUUUAAAACUAUUAAAAUGUCUGCAUUAUUAUUGUCGAUCAUUGAUACUUCAGAUAAGUGUAACGUUACAAAAUAUGCAACCAACAUUACAUGAAGUCCUAAUGAUACUUUUAAAAACUUGCGCAUAUUAGUUUUUUAGUCAACCAUAAGUAUAGUUGGCAUAAGGUCUAGAAUGCAAUAACACCAAUCUACCAUUUGUUUAGCGUAUUGUGGGUUGCAUAUAAGUGACAAAAAUUUUUGUACGGUUUGGGAACCGCCGAUAUUUUUGACAGAUUAUUGAGUCAUGUUGCCAAGUCGCUCAAAUUUUUAUUAGAUCUAACAAAAUUACUGGUGUUUUCUGAAAUUUUCAAAUACUACGGCAAUCCAGAAUUUCUAUAUAAAUUGACAACGAGAGAAUACCAUUUGAGAGGUGUACUUUCUAUGAUACACUUUUUUUUUCUGUAUAUAUACAUAAAAUUUAUCUUUGCUCCUACUAAGGCCUAUAAAAAAAAACAUAUACAUAUAAAAAGGAGAUACGAAAAAUUCUAUUGGAUUAUUGCAUUAUUAUUUCAAAAAAUGUUGUUACAAAGAGUUUUUUUAUUUAUUUAGAAAUGUUAGUAUCAUUUCACAGUACUUAUAAAUAUGAAUCUUUACAAGAAUUAGAAAAUCAGUGGGUUUUUCCAUUGAGCUCGUUUAGUUUAUUUUUUAUACAAAUCGAGACAACGUUUAUUGGGACCUAGUAUUGUUCUUUUUAUACAGGGUGGUCCGAUUUUUAGUUGCAGAAUUUUAAUAGUUGAUAGAAAGUUAAAAAUUUAUAUAUAAUAUCACAGUACAGACAACCAGUGCCGGAGUUGUGCGGUUUCAGUACCAUAAAACUUUAAAAAAUAAAUCCCGCUACUAAAAAGUGAACCACCCUGUAUUUAUAUCUGUUUAAAAACGUUCUAUACAUGAACAUUUUUCAUGUUAUUUAAUAUAGUUUAGAUAGGAACUAAAAAAUACAGGAAAAAAAAACAAAAUUGAAAAACGAAAAAAUAUUCUAGAAACAAGACUACGGGCCUAUGUUUAACCUGGACUUGUACUCCCUUUAACAUAAAAAAGUGAAGAUAAAUAAAUAAAAUAUAGGCCAUAUAAAUAUACAAACAUCGAGACUUGUCUGUAAUUUGUAAAAUAUCUAUUUGUUAUUGAUGGUCUAUCGCUAUUUCGUAAAAUAAUUUGUCUAAACUAAAGAAAUAUCACUUAGGUAGCUUUCUCUAUUAUGAUGAAUGAUCUGAAUGUUUUUUCUUAAGUGUGUGAGUUUUGGGUGUUGCAUAUGAGCUUAGAUUUUGUACAAAUCCACACAAGUAUCCGUAGAAACGAAAAAACGCAGCAAAUGAUUAAAUAAAUGUCUAAAAUGUAUUGUAAUCCUAGGUGGCUAUGAGAUACAAUACGUUUGUUUGUCCCUAUUUUAUAUAAAAGUGUCAUAUUUUCUUUCCAUUAAAAAUCUGAUUAUUUUUGACCCAAAAUAGGCUUUAUUUAAAGAAAACAUAGGGGCUAUAGUUAGUAUUAAGUGUAUUAUUGGUUGCAUAUCCAGUGGAGUCUUUCUAACCAUGCUAUACAACAGAUUUUAUGUAUUUUUUAGAUUGUUAUUUGUUAUUUCACCGACCGAAAUAAGAAUAGACAUACGUUAUUUCAUCUCAAGGCCUUCUUAGAUUACUCUACAUUUUUUCAGACUCUUGUUAAUAUUCAACUUAUUUCUUUUCUUUGCAACGAUAUAGUGAAACAUUAAGAUAUUUUUAAACUAAAAGUAUAUUAGUUUUGGUUUGAAGGAAAACAUGUCAGUCUGACAUUUCUACGUGCCUUAUAUAGUUUCAAACUAAAAUAGAAUAAAUAUAUUGCGUCCUGUAUAGUUUAAGUAGCGAGAACAUAUAGGAAACUUUAUUUUUUUUGUAGCUUCUUAAUAUAAUAUGGGAACUCGUCUCAGUAAUAUUAGAAAGAAAUUUUAGGAAUUAAUAUUUGGCAACAACGCUUAGUAAUAUAGAUAGAUAGCACUUUGCUGCGUUUUUUUUUCUCUUUUUUCCUUCAUUUUAAGGAAUUUUCUUUUCAAAAAAUAUCAUAACUUCUGCAACUUAUUUCUUCUGUAUAUGUGUUAAUGUACUUAUAAAAGCAACCACAUAAUGUGAACAAGGCUUGAAUUAUUUUGUAUGGAUGGAUUUACAAAAAAAUUA